AUGCAUCAUCAACAAAGCAUAGGAUGGGCCCUGGUGACCAUGAUCAUUUGUUCAACAAUCACGACAACACUCGGAUAUCCAAACCCGCCACAAGUAGCUCGCAGUCUGCCACAAGUAGCGAGACAAGAUGAUGAUCGCAAAUUUGCCGAAAAACCAAAUGCGAUGAAAAAAGUUGCCCUGGAUGAUAUAGACGACAUCCAAACGAACCAAAUACACGAUGGAGGAUUUUCUUGGUCUAACAUGCUUGGAAUGGUGAUGCAAAUGAUCUUCAAUGGUGUUGGAGGUGGUCACAGCGCGCCUUCCAAGAGCGAUAGCUUAGAAACUGAUUCCAUUGCCCCAUCACCCUGGGCAAAUAUGCUUUCUGUAGGACUCAAAAUCCUGACCGCAAUCUUGGGCGGUGGAGUAUCCAAUGAUGGUAUUGACAAAGUUGACAAUGGCAACUCCCCAAUGCAGGGUAUUUUGGCGGCGGUGUUAGGCGCGGUUCUCGGUAGCAAAGAUCCUGAGCAAGUGUCAACCAUGGCCAAACAAGCAGGAGAGUUCAUCAACAUCGUGGUCAACCUUCUGGACGCUCUCAAGACCUCAUUCUCCCACCGUUCCCUACAAGCACGUUCUUCUGGCAAAAAAGAUUCAUUAAGCGACGCCGCCGUAGCUGGUCUUUCCAUGUUCAAAGGGUACAUGAGAUCCGUCGGUGAAAGCGCAAGGGCCAACGAAGUGGAAACAGUCGAACCAUGCAUGCAACGCCGAGUAUGCGAGGCUAGUGCAGAAUGUAUUGCGGCCAUUGGAGGCGGAAGCAUAUUCUGCCAACUUGGAGCAUAUGCAACCAGCUUCGCCUUGGAAAGAUCUAGCGGUACUACAUUCGAAGCCUUCUACGAGGCAGGCAGACGUGGACGCUCAGGAGAAGAUUGUCGUCAACUAUACUUGACAUGCAACGAAGUCUGA